CUUGGCACCACCAUGCAUGGCCCUUGCGGCGCCCUUCCACUCCUCCUGGCGACCACUUGGCAUCUCCAGUGCUGCGUGGCAACGAUGUUCCUGCGCCCAAAUAACAAGACACACACAUCUGAGGAAGUGGUUCGGUUCCUUGACGUCUACAACCGCAGCAGCUGCCAACCUAAGGAGGCAAUGGUGUCGGUGACGUCGGAGCACCCAUACAUGGUCAACCACAUCGUGAUGCCCUCCUGCGUGGCCUUAAAACGCUGCGCCGGCUGCUGCGCCGACGAAUCGUUGCAAUGCAUACCCACCCAGACCCGCGAAUUGGUCAUGGAGGUGAUGCUGACCCUCUUCCCAAACCACCGUUUGAGCCGACUGACAUUUGUGGAGCACACCCAGUGCGCCUGCAGGUCAAAGAAGCCCCCUUACAGGUCGAACGCUAUCAGGCCGGCCUGCAGACCCUGUCUGGACAGGAAGAAGCGGCUGGACCCACAGUCGUGCAGAUGCAUCUGCCGGAGUGACUCCAAACACUGCGAGGCACGGGGGUUAAAAUUCAACAGCGCCACUUGCAGGUGUAUGAAUGUGCGUCACCGAUCGAGUCACAGGAGAACCAAAGCAGCUCUGUAGCAGAUUGGAGUCCGGACAGAAGGACUUCCGUUUUGGACUCCUCAGGUUGGUCGCUGGCAUCCUUUCUCUGCUAUAGAAGUGAAACACAGUGCAAUUGGAGGAGAUCUGCAUCAACUGCCAAGAAAGGAAUCACUUUGGAUUGCCUCUUUUUGCCGUGAGCAAGGCCACGCCACCUGGGCCGGUCCCACACUCCCACAAAAGCCGCUUCCGCACCAUCAAGACAUCGAGAGAAUGCCCCAUCCAUAUUUAAAACCCUAAACUGGUCUCCUCUUUCUCUGAGUCCGCUCCCUCUUUUAAUUUAAUGGGAACUUUCCCUUGUUCUCCCAAUGUUUUUGUAUAACUAUUCGGGACUUUUCUCCGUUUCCAUUGCGGGAUCGACACUUCGAGAUGACACCCAUUUUUGGUCCUUACCAGCUGUGCCGUCGCGCUUGGGGGCUAUUAGUCUUAAAAGGAGGAUGGACGUGGCAUCUUUCCCCCAAGGGAUUGCUUCUUGCCCUCCUUUAGGAAACUGGAACUCCCAAGAACCCAAAACGAUGUAAAUAACUCAAAAUAAGUUUUAUUUGUCACAAA